AGAAGAAGAAGAAGAAGAGGAAGCUAAGGCAACCGAAGCAGUCGAGGAGCCCCUAAUCUACGCGAGAUAAAAAAGAAGAUAGUAGCUGCGGCCGGGUAGCUAUCUCAGUCAGGGAAGGAACAGUGCAGGAAUCGGCAAGGUGCAAGCAUGAAGUCGAGCAUCUGAUCGUUCCCGAAGAAGGCCGAUCGUAACUGAUCUGACUAAGGGUGACCUUGAGCAAGAUGGUCAGGAGGGCGCUGCUACUGCUCUCACUGGUCCUCCUCGGUGCCUUCGACGUUCCUGGCAUCGAGAGAGCCCAUGUCAGAUACCUGGCGAUGGCUGGUAGCACCUGUAACGCUUGCAGGAUGCACGAGGAGAUCAGAGCCCUCAGUCUCGAGGCCAUCAAGGAACAAAUUCUUAAUAAACUGGGCUUGAAGCAAGCGCCGAACAUGACGGGCAGAGCUCUGCCGAGAAUCCCGCCAAUCUCCAAGUUGAUGGACAUGUACGGGAUGCAGGCCGAUCAACCGCAAUCUCUAGAGCCUGGCAUCACGCACCACGAGGAGAUCGACGAGUACUCCGCCAAGACGGAGAGCGUAUUCGCCUUGGCACAACCACAUCAGAGGCUGAGGCACUCAAAGGGCAGCCUCGACGUUCUCUACUUCAAAUUCUCCGACAAAGUGGUCCAGCAUCGCGUGACUAGGGCGGAGCUAUCCCUCUGGAUAUGGGGUACGGGCCAGGGUGGCGCAGAGCUGGACGAUCCGGGGGAUGCGGAGGGCUUGGAUAGUUACGAAGACGGUCCAGUGACGAUCACGUUGCAAAGGAUUCUUCGCGGUGUCACAGAGACUGGUAGUCCGUUGCUGGGACCCGCGUUGACCACCAAACACCCUCGACCGAUCGGUAGACGGGGUGGCUGGGUGACGAUCGAGCUGAGAAGAAUGGUGGCCGAAUGGUUCAAGCACCCGAGGGACAAUUUGGGUGUGGCCUUGAAGAUCUCCGGACCCGGUGGAAAUCAUCGUAGGAAUUCUAAGUUAGUCGAGACGAGUCCAGGGGCGGAAUAUGCGCCGUACCUCGAGGUGCAAACGCAGGAGCUCGACUCCAGAAGGGGGGCGAGGAUCAAAAGAAACGUAGGACUUAAUUGCGACGAGGCCAGCCAAGAGACCAGGUGCUGUCGAUACAAGCUCACCGUAGACUUUGAGAAGUUUGGCUGGGAUUGGAUAAUCGCGCCCAAAAAGUACGACGCCAAUUACUGUUCGGGCGACUGUCCAAUGGCCUUUCUCCAGGCCUAUCCAAAUACCCACAUCAUUAGCCUGGCGGAACCGCCCAACAACACAGGCCCGUGUUGCGCCCCGAGGAAGCUCUCCGAGAUCACGAUGCUAUACUUCGACAACGAGUACCAGAUCGUGUUCUCGCGGUUACCAGGGAUGGUCGUCGAAAGAUGUGGAUGUUCAUAGUCCACCUUCCGGCUCGACGGGGAGCAACAACGACGCGGAGAAUGUCGAGGAUCUCGUUCGACCUCUCGCACGAUACGCGAUACUCGUGGGCGGUUGUUUUUAUUUUUUUUUUAUUUUUUACUCAUCAAAGGACUCUCGAUCGCGACGGUCGUCGAUCGUCGUCUUCGUCUUCGUCGUCGUUCCGUCCUCGACGAUUCCUCAUUCGAUAGACUGAAAGUGCCUUGUUUGGGGUGUGUUGGUGCUGCGGUGGCUCACCCAUUGGGAUACGACGGACGAACGUUUUCGUCCUGAUAACGAGCGCAGCAGAAGGGACGGAUCGGAAGAUCGACCAAGAUGCUUUCCGACGAGUUAACACGACAGGCACCUCGAUACUGGUCCAUGGUCCAUGGCAAGGCGGAUAGUUCCUAGAGUCUCGGUAUUAUUUUUAAGGUGUCGAUGCGUUUGCACCUGAUCUAAGAGAACGACCACGAAAGAAUUAUUUUUUAUACGGGAGCUUGUUACAUUUUUGAAAGGUUAAAAGAAAACGUCUCUUCUCUCUCUGUGUCUCUCUUUCUUUGGUGACCGUUUUUUGACAAUCCCGACGUUGUCGAUGAAUAGAAUUUUUGCGCACCGGUCGUGCAGAAACGAAAGCAUUCUUCAUUACGACAGUUUGCCCCUUGUACAUCGAUGCCUUUCCAAAAGAAAAAGAGAAAAGAAAACGAGGAUGCAAAGAAAAAGCGAUUCGUUUCCGGUAUAGUCGUCGCGUUGAUCGGUGAAAACGUGUUGGCCAAAAGAUCUCGGUGUACAGUGAAAUCGUUGUUUUUCAAUGUUCUCCCUUUUCGAUUCUUUUACAAGUCUCGUCUCCUCUCCUUACCUUCUCUAUAUCGCUGCACUAUGUCUAUGCAUAUACAUACGUAUACAUAAUCCCCAAUCCC